UGCUGAACUGUAUGUUUGAAAAUUCUGUGCUCUAUUGCUUUCUCUGACUCUGCAUGCAUUCUCUUUCUUUUUUCGGCACCCAACCAAACUCCCAAUCAACUCCAAUUCCAUUCCCGGAAUCCCAUCCAAAAUUCUCAUUCUUUUUAAAGCCAAAUAAGAACGUUUAACAACUUUCCCGGGAUUUGGAUUUGGAUUUGGCAGCGUUUCUCUUUCUCUUCAACCGCGCUCCAGCGGUUUUUUCCAACGAGGAGGUCAAGGGGAUCGGUCGGUCAACGGCUACGAGAGCAGUUGAUUUGGGUAUGCUUAUUCAUGAAGUGGUUCAGGAUGGGAGUAAUUUUGUGUUAUGACUAGUAAGGAAUGGAAUCAAUGGAGCGGCUGAAUUUUGUUGUUUGGGUUCUCGCUUUUUGGCUCUGGUCAAUUCUGCUGUUUGGGUUCGUAUCAAAGGUCUCUGCUAAUGCGGAAGGCGAUGCCUUGAAUGCAUUGAAGACCAGUUUAGCUGAUCCUAAUAAUGUUCUGCAAAGUUGGGAUCCUACUCUUGUCAAUCCCUGCACUUGGUUUCACGUAACUUGUGAUAGCGAUAAUAGUGUGACAAGAGUUGAUCUUGGAAAUGCAAAUCUAUCUGGUCAACUGGUUCCACAACUUGGCCAGCUUUCAAAUCUGCAGUACUUGGAACUUUAUAGUAAUGUCAUAAGUGGAAAAGUUCCAGAAGAGCUUGGGAAUUUGACAAACUUGGUGAGCUUGGAUCUUUACUUGAACAAUUUGACUGGAUACAUUCCAACCACAUUGGGCAAGCUUUCAAAGCUUCGAUUUCUGCGUCUCAACAACAACAGCUUGUCAGGAGAAAUUCCAAAGAUUUUAACUACUGUUACCUCACUCCAAGUCCUAGAUCUGUCAAACAACAAGCUAACGGGAGACAUUCCCACUAAUGGCUCCUUUUCAUUAUUUACUCCUAUCAGUUUUAAUAAUAAUAAGCUCAAUCCAACACCAGUUUCUCCACCUCCUCCUAUUCCUAAAACACCCACUUCUCCUGCAGGUAGUGCCACUGGAGCAAUCGCUGGAGGAGUUGCUGCUGGUGCUGCUCUGCUUUUUGCUGCCCCUGCAAUUGCACUUGUUAUGUGGCGCCGAAGAAAACCGCAGGAUCAUUUCUUUGAUGUACCUGCUGAGGAAGAUCCAGAAGUUCACCUGGGACAGCUUAAAAGGUUUUCUCUGCGUGAGUUGCAAGUUGCUUCAGAUAACUUUAGCAACAAAAACAUUCUAGGAAGAGGUGGAUUUGGUAAGGUUUACAAAGGACGCUUGGCUGAUGGUUCUCUAGUGGCAGUAAAAAGACUUAAAGAGGAGCGUACCCAGGGUGGGGAACUGCAGUUUCAAACAGAGGUAGAAAUGAUCAGCAUGGCUGUGCAUCGUAAUCUGCUUCGUCUACGUGGUUUUUGCAUGACACCAACAGAACGAUUGCUUGUUUAUCCAUUUAUGGUUAAUGGAAGUGUAGCAUCAUGUUUAAGAGAACGUUCGGAUUCGCAGCCCCCACUUGAUUGGCCUAAACGGAAGCGCAUUGCAUUAGGAUCUGCAAGGGGGCUUGCUUAUUUGCAUGAUCAUUGUGAUCCUAAAAUUAUUCACCGUGAUGUAAAAGCUGCAAACAUAUUGUUGGAUGAGGAAUUCGAAGCAGUUGUUGGAGACUUUGGGUUGGCUAAACUGAUGGAUUACAAAGAUACUCAUGUGACCACUGCUGUACGGGGCACAAUUGGGCAUAUAGCACCAGAGUACCUCUCAACUGGAAAGUCAUCAGAGAAAACUGAUGUUUUUGGGUAUGGGGUCAUGCUUCUUGAAUUGCUAACUGGUCAAAGGGCAUUUGAUCUUGCUCGGCUUGCAAAUGAUGACGAUGUCAUGUUACUUGAUUGGGUUAAAGGACUUCUGAAGGAUAAGAAGUUGGAAACAUUGGUCGAUCCCGAUCUGCAGGGUGAGUAUGUUGAGGACCAGGUGGAGCAGCUGAUUCAAGUGGCCUUACUCUGCACACAAGGCUCCCCAAUGGAACGGCCGAAGAUGUCAGAGGUAGUUAGGAUGCUUGAAGGUGACGGUUUGGCCGAAAGAUGGGAGGAGUGGCAGAAGGAGGAAAUGUUUCGUCAAGACUUUAACAAUGUUCCCCACCCAAAUGCUGGUUGGAUUGUCGAUUCUGCUUCCCACAUUCCUCCAGAUGAAUUGUCCGGUCCUAGAUGAUCCUUUCAUGGUUUCAUUCAAUAGCAUACGUAUAAUAUUCUCUUGGAGGCGCGUUUUGUAUUUGGGACUGAUAUUGAUCACAUUUGUUCAUAUGAUUUUUCUUUCUGUUCCUUUUUCUUUUAAUAUCAUGUCGGUUGAUAAUGUUGUGAUUUCUAUA